AUGAUCAGAUCAGCAAGACUCAUUUCAAAUAUUAAAUUUGGACAAAAAAAUAUUAGACAAUUCUCAACCAAUACAAAUUGGUGGGCAAAUGUUCAAAAGGGACCAGAAGAUCCAAUUUUAGGUGUUAGCAUUGCUUACAAUAAAGAUACCUCACCAUCAAAGAUCAAUUUAGGUGUUGGUGCAUACAGAGAUGAAAAUGGUAAACCAUACGUAUUGGAUUGCGUAAAGAAAGCAGACAAAAAGAUCUAUGAAGCCAACGUCGAUCACGAAUACGCACCAAUUGUUGGUGUUGCAGCAUUCAAUCAAUUGGCAGCACAAUUAGCAUUGGGUGAAGAGUGUAAACAUAUUAAAGAGAAACGUAUUGCCACCGUUCAAUCGAUUUCAGGUACUGGUGCUUUAAGAAUUGCCGCUGAUUUCUUUGCCCGUUUCCUCAAGGGUAAAACCGCAUACGUACCAAACCCAACAUGGGGUAACCAUAAUGUUAUUUUCAACGAUGCAGGCAUUCCAGUCAAAUCCUACGGUUACUACAAUCCAGCCACUUGUGGAUUAAACUUUGAAGCCAUGACAAAGGAUAUCGCUGCCGCUCCAGAGGGUUCAAUCAUUUUAUUACAUGCAUGUGCUCACAAUCCAACCGGUGUCGAUCCAACCGCUGAGCAAUGGAAAAAGAUCUCUGAAAUCUGUAAAGAGCGUGGUCAUUUUGUUCUCUUUGAUUUCGCUUAUCAAGGUUUCGCAUCUGGUAGCCCAGAAAAGGAUGCUGCCGCUGUCCGUAUGUUUGUCGAAGAUGGUCACAACAUUGCUCUCUGUCAAUCAUUUGCUAAAAACUUUGGUCUCUAUGGUGAACGUAUUGGUGCUUUCUCCAUUCUCACUGAAACUUCAGAUCAAGCUCUCAACGUUGAAUCUCAAUUAAAGAUCUUAAUUCGUCCAAUGUACUCUAAUCCACCAGUUUAUGGAGCUCGUCUCGUUCAAGCUAUCCUCAAAGAUAAAGAAUUAACCAAUGAAUGGAGAUCCGAAGUUAAAGGUAUGGCCGAUCGUAUCAUUAACAUGAGAGAACAAUUAGUCAAAUACCUUAAAAAACAUGGUUCAACUCGUGAUUGGUCUCAUAUUACCACUCAAAUUGGUAUGUUUUGUUUCACUGGUUUAACUCCAGAACAAGUUGAUCGUUUGGCAAAUGAAUAUCACAUCUAUUUAACUCGUAAUGGUCGUAUCUCAAUUGCUGGUAUUAAUUCAACAAAUGUUGAAUAUCUCGCUAAAGCAAUGGCUGCCGUUACAAAAGAUAAUUAA